AUGACGAUCGAAUUCACUGUUUUCAAAGGUUCCUCGGAUGGAACUAUUCGAGAGGGCGUAUGCAAGAGAGAUGUCCUGAAGCACGAUAGUGUGCUCGUUCAGAUAACCCAUUCUGGCGUAUGCGGUACAGAUGUACAUUACAAGACCACCGACAUGGCUCUUGGCCACGAAGGAGCUGGGCUCGUCGAAGCGAUCGGUCCCGACGUCAAGAUAUUGAAGAAAGGUGACCGCGUGGGCUGGGGCUACCAGCAAGAUUCCUGUGGUAACUGUCGACAAUGUGAGACAGGCUGGGAAACCAUGUGCCCAGAACGCAAGAUGUACGCCAACGCCAAUUUAGACCAAGGAUCAUUUGGUACUCAUGCCGUAUGGCGAGAGGCUUUUCUUUUCAAAAUCCCCGAUGAAUUGACUAGCGAGGAUGCUGCCCCACUCAUGUGCGGCGGAUCGACUGUCUUCAAUGCGCUUCAUGUCGCCGAAGUUCGCUCCACCGCACGAGUGGGAAUUGUGGGAGUUGGAGGUCUGGGGCACUUGGCCAUCCAGUUCGCUGCCAAGAUGGGGUGCCAAGUCAUCGUCUUCUCUGGUACCGAUAGCAAGAAGAAGGAGGCAUUGGAGCUAGGAGCUACCGAGUUCUAUGCGACUAAGGGGUUGAAGGAGUUGAAACUGGAGAAGCCGAUCGACAAUCUCAUUGUCACAACCAGCAGCCAGCCAGAUUGGAAACUAUUCCUUGAGGUGAUGGCACCAAGUGGUGUGAUUUCACCAAUCUCUGUUGAUUCAAACGAUCUGAAGAUUCCGUACAUGCCAUUGAUUCUCAAUGGUCUCAGAAUCCAGGGAGGAAUUGUUUCCCCGAGACAACUUCACCGGGAUAUGCUAGAAUUUGCGGCGAUUCAUCAGAUCAAGCCAGUUAAGAUGACCUUCCCAAUGACAUUGGAAGGGGUGAAGGAAAGUCUGAAGACACUUGAAGAGGGUAAAAUGAGAUAUCGUGGGGUACUUGUGGCUGAAAAGUAG